AAUCCAUCUCUUCUUUGAAGUCAUUUCUUGAAUUAAUGGCGACUUCAAAAACUCAAGAAACCUCUUCUUCUUCAUCAACAACUCCAUGUGCUUACCAUGUUUUCUUGAGUUUUAGGGGUGGAGACACCCGCAAGAACUUCACCGAUCACCUCUACACAGCUCUAGUUCAAGAAGGAAUCCAUACAUUUCGAGACGAUGAUGAAAUCAAGCGAGGAGAGGACAUUGAGCUAGAAAUACAAAGAGCAAUAACAGAGUCAAAGUUAUCUGUAAUUGUUCUUUCAAAAGAUUAUGCUUCUUCGAGGUGGUGUCUGGAUGAGCUUGUCCUGAUCAUGGAACGUAGAAAACUUGUCGGUCAUGUUGUAGUGCCUGUUUUCUAUGAUGUGGAGCCAUACCAAGUUAGAAACCAGACAGGAAGCUAUGGUGAAGCUUUUGCUAAACAUGAAAAGGACUUCAAGGAGGAUAUGAGUAGAGUGGAGGAGUGGAGGGCAGCUCUUAAAGAAGCUGCAGAACUAGGAGGGAUGGUUUUACAAGAUGGAUACGAGUCACAGUUUAUUCAAACUAUUGUGAAGGAGGUUGAGAAUAAAUUGAGUCGAACAGUGCUCCAUGUUGCCCCUUAUUUAGUUGGAACAGAAUCUCGUAUGGCGCGCAUAACCCGUUGGUUGCGAGAUGGGUCAGAUGAUGUUGAGAUAGCUACAAUCUAUGGUAUUGGUGGUAUUGGCAAGACCACCAUUGCCAAGAUAGUUUAUAAUCAAAACUUCAGAAGUUUCGAUGGAAGAAGCUUUCUUGCAAACGUUAAAGAAAUUUCAGAACAACCCAAUGGUCUAGCUCGGUUGCAAAGGCAACUUCUUUCUGAUCUCCUAAAGAAGAACACAAGCAAAAUAUACAAUGUUGAUGAAGGGAUUAUGAAGAUCAAAGAUGCUUUGUUCCAAAAAAGAGUUCUUCUAAUUCUGGAUGAUGUGGAUGAUUUGGAACAAUUCAAUGCAAUAGUUGCAAUGCGGGAAUGGUGUCAUCCAGGAAGCAAAAUUAUUAUAACAACAAGGCAUGAGCAUUUACAAGGGGUUGAUGGAAUCUGUAGGAGGUUUGAAGUUGAGAAACUAAAUGAUAAAGAGUCACUUCAGCUCUUCUGUUGGCAUGCCUUUCGCCAAGAUCAUCCUGCAGAUGGUUACGAGAAGCAUUCCAAAGAUGUGGUGCAUCACUGUGGAGGACUUCCAUUAGCUCUCCAAGUCUUGGGUUCUUCUCUAUCUGGAAAAACUGUAUCUGUAUGGGAAAGUGCAUUAGAGAAGUUGGAAAAAGUUGCUGACAGUAAAAUUCAGCAUAUUCUUAGAAUAAGCUUUGAUUCUCUUCAGGAUGAUCAUGAUAAACGUCUAUUCCUUGACAUAGCUUGUUUUUUCACCGGGAUGGAUAUAGGUUAUGUUUUUAGAAUUCUAGAUGGCUGUGGGUUUUAUGCUGUAAUUGGCAUUCAAAAUCUUAUAGACAGAUGUCUAAUUACCAUCAGUGACAAAUACAAACUGAUGAUGCAUCAAUUACUUGGAGACAUGGGGCGGGAAAUUGUACGACAAGAAUCACCUGAUGAUCCUGGAAAACGCAGCAGACUCUGGGAUCCUAAGGAUGCAACUAAAGUUUUGAGACAAAAUACUGGCACAGAAUCAAUCAAGGGUCUUAUCCUCAAAUUACCAACGCAGACAGAAAACAAGCGCACAAGGAAAGAUGCUACUGCAGAUCACACAAAAGAGAAUGGUGAAGAAGAUUUAAGUGACGAUCUGCUUGAUCAAAAAAGUUACUCAAAGAAACGUAGACUUAGCAUCUUCUCCUGGAAACCAGCAAACACUUCUCCAACAAAUUCAUUUUCGACCAAGGCAUUUGAGAAGAUGGUGAGACUAAAACUUCUCAAUCUGAACUAUGUGGAACUUAGCGAAGGCUACAAGAAAUUUCCUAAAGGUUUAGUAUGGUUAUGUUGGCGUGGCUUCUCUUUGAACGCUUUACCAACUGAUCUCUGCCUGGACAAGCUGGUUGCCCUUGACAUGCGCAACAGCAACCUAAAAUAUCUUUGGAAGGGAAUCCGGUUUCUUGUGGAGCUGAAAGUACUUAACCUUAGUCAUUCCCAUGGCCUUGUUAGAACCCCCAACUUCACAGGACUCCCUGGUCUUGAAAAAUUGGUGCUUAAGGAUUGUAAGGACUUGGUUGAUGUUGAUAAAUCCAUUGGAGGUCUAGAUAAGCUUAUAAUUUUUAAUCUAAAAGAUUGCAAAAACCUCAAGAAGCUGCCAGUAGAAAUUACUAUGCUGCAUUCUCUUGAAGAACUUAUCCUGUCCGGUUGCUUGAAUCUUGUUGAGCUUCCAAAGGACCUGGAAAAUCUGCAGUCUUUGAGGGUGCUGCAUUUAGACGGAAUUCCCAUGAACCAAGUAAAUUCCAUCACUGAAGAUUUUAAGGAACUCAGUUUGUCAUUGCAGCAUUUAACCUCCAGAUCUUGGCUCUUACAGAGAUGGGCUAAAUCACGUUUUUCGCUAUCCUCUCUACCUCGCUUCUUAGUAAGCCUCAGUCUUGCAGACUGCUGUUUAUCAGAUAAUGUUAUUCCUGGAGAUCUUAGCUGCCUGCCUUCCUUAGAGUACUUAAAUCUAAGUGGGAAUCCAUUUCGCUUCCUACCAGAAAGCAUCAACAGCCUUGGCAUGCUUCACUCCCUUGUAUUAGAUCGGUGCAUAAGCCUCAAAUCAAUUCCUGAGCUUCCUACGGAUUUAAAUUCCUUGAAGGCAGAAGACUGCACAUCAUUGGAAAGAAUUACAAAUCUGCCCAACUUGUUGAAGUCAUUAAACUUAGAGAUUUUUGGUUGUGACAGUCUGGUUGAGGUUCAAGGCUUAUUCAAAUUAGAACCAGUAGGAAACAUCAACACCCAAAUACUCAAGAGUGUGGGAUUGAUCAAUUUGGAGUCCUUGAAAGGAGUUGAAGUGGAAAUGUUCAAUGCUUUGGCAUGCACAGAAAUGAGGACUAGUAUUCAGGUAUUGCAAGAAUGUGGAAUAUUCAGCAUUUUCCUUCCUGGGAAUACAAUUCCAGAGUGGUUUAAUCAAAGAAGUGAGAGUUCUUCAAUAUCUUUUGAAGUUGAAGCAAAACCUGGCCACAAGAUCAAAGGUCUAAGUUUAUGCACGCUAUAUACAUAUGACAAGCUUGAAGGUGGAGGAUACAUAGAUGAGAAUUGUGCUAAAAUCAACAACAAAACCAUAUGUGAGAAAUGGACGUAUAGCCCAACCUUCUAUGGGAUGCCGAAACCAUUGGAGGAGAUGUUAUGGUUAAGUCACUGGACAUUUGGGGAUCAACUUGAAGUUGGGGAUGAAGUGCAUAUUUUAGUCGAAAUGGCAUCUGGUUUAACUGUAAAAAAGUGCGGGAUCCGCCUCAUAUACGAGGAGGAAAGUACUACCCAAGAAAUUGCCGAAAGCAGCAGCAGCUCCUCAUGGUACAGAACCAUGGCUGAUACAGAUAUGGAAGCAUAUGAACUGGGAACGGCUUCAUAUUAUCUGUGCCAUCAUAAGUUCCAAACACAUCAAGGAUCAGGAAGAUAUGACUGGGAUAACUUGAGUGGCUACGAGUACAUAUUCGAGGAAAGAAUGGAAGACCCUGAAACUGAAGAUUGGACGUAGCCCUGAUGCCAUUGUUCAAUCAUUCUUGUAUGUCUGAACUUGAUCAUGCAAAUGCUGGAGCGCAAAAAUGAAAAACGAUCACAACUUUGAUAAACCAAGAACUUGGCUACUUAUUCCUGGCUAGAUGAUAGAGAGGGCCCUGACCAAAGUAAAUAACUUGAUAGAGAGCCCUCAUCCAUACUAACAAAUGCAAAUAAUUUGUUGAGAUUUAUAAGUUUGGAUGAUAUCCUUUCUAAUGCAUCAAGGAAAAUGAGUAAACAACGUAGUAUAUUUCCUGUUUU